CAUCAUUUAACUUCCAAGGUUACAUUGCCUAAUUGCCAUCAAUGGGGAAGAUUAAUCCUUCCAUAGUUCGGCCUUUAGGCUGUUGUUUAUCCCUCCUCAUAGUAUCAUCCUUAUUAUCUUCUACCACUUUAGCAUUAUCUGACGCCGAAGUCUCAUUCGUUGCUCAUACUCAACUACAAACUUUUAACGAAAAUGGGCACGAUUUGCCCGACGGUUAUGAUCUAAAAGUAAAUGUAGCCUUCAACUUCCCAAAUUCGAGGCUCCGUAAAGCCUACAUUGCCCUCCAAGCAUGGAAAUCGGCAAUUUAUUCGGACCCAAAUGGCGCGACAAAAAAUUGGGUUGGUCCGAAUGUUUGUGACUACAAGGGCAUAUUUUGUUCCCAGGCCCUCGAUGAUGAGAAGUUAACCGUGGUUUCUGGCAUAGACUUGAAUCACGAAGACAUCGCGGGUUAUCUCCCCGUAGAGUUAGGCCUCCUUACGGACCUGGCCCUUAUCCACAUUAACUCUAACCGAUUUUGUGGGAUUAUUCCCAAGAGCUUCUCCAAACUUUCACUCCUUUACGAGCUUGAUGUUAGUAACAACCGUUUUGUAGGAGUUUUUCCACAAGUCGUGCUCGAGUUAAAGACACUCACAUAUCUUGAUCUUCGAUUCAAUAACUUCGAGGGGUGUUUGCCUCCAGAGGUCUUCAACAGGCCAUUUGACGCGUUGUUACUCAACGACAAUAGGUUCCAUUGUCCUAUCCCGGACACUAUUGGUAACGCAACGACAUCUCUUAUAGUAUUGGCAAACAACAAGUUCACCGGAUGUAUCCCCAAAACUAUAGGCAACAUAGCAGGUAAAGUGAAUCAAAUUGUUUUCCGGGGAAACAAGUUAAGUGGUUGUAUGCCAUCCGAGUUGGGGAAGCUUCAUAACGUGACCGUUCUAGAUUUAUCUAAGAAUGAGUUCGUUGGUUCUAUUCCUAAAUGUUUCUCUAGCCUUGUAAAUUUGGAAUCCUUAGAUUUGUCGGGCAACAAAUUCACUGGAUUGGUUGGUGAUGAUAUUUGUCAGUUGCCAUUAUUGGAACAAUUCUUUUUCUCUAGUAACUAUUUUAACGGCGAGGGCAAGAGCUGUGAUUUGUUUUUAAGGAAGAAUAUCUAUUAUGACGACAAGAAGAAUUGUUUGUCGGGUAAACAUAAUCAAAGAUCGCCAAAAGAAUGUUUCCCGGUGGUGUCACACACAAUUGACUGUGAAAAUUUUAAUUGUGGGGGGCAACCAUCUAAGCCUACUCCAAGCAUAGCACAUGGAGACGAUGGAGAGACGCCUAAGUCACCUACACCAGAACACAAUGAACCACACCCUCAAGUACCAACUCCUGCUCCGGAACAAGAUGAUCAUGGAAGAUCACCUGUUAGACCAUCUACACCACCACCAGUACCUGCCCCAACACCAGAUGAUCACAAAAGAAUGCCAGUUAGACCAUCAACACCUACACCAGAAAUUAUUCAUCAAGAGUCUCCACCUCCUACUCCAGUGUACUCACCACCUCCAACACCCGUAAAUCCACCUCCACCACAAGUUUACUCGCCACCUCCAACACCGGUAAAUCCACCUCCACCACGGAUUUACUCGCCACCUCCAACACCCGUAAAUCCACCUCCACCACAAGUUUACUCGCCACCUCCAACACCGGUAAAUCCACCUCCACCACGUGUUUACUCACCACCUCCAACACCAUUACAAUCUCCUCCACCCCCAGUUUACUCACCACCUCCAACACCAAUAUAUUCCCCCCCUCCUCCAGUUUAUUCACCACCUCCACCUCCCGUUCAUUCCCCUCCACCACCAGUUCACUCCCCUCCACCCCCAGUCCACUCUCCUCCACCACCCACACCAUCUCCACCACCACCAUCCCCUGUUUAUCCUCCACCACCUCCAUCCCCUGUCUAUUCUCCACCACCACCACCACCCGUUCAUUCUCCUCCACCUCCCGUCCAUUCCCCUCCACCACCUGUCCACUCACCUCCACCUCCAUCCCCUGUUUACUCUCCCCCACCGCCUCCAGUACAAUCACCACCACCACCGGCUCCCAAGCCUUCACCUCCCCCACCAGCUCCAAAGCCGUCACCUCCCCCACCAGUGUUCUCUCCUCCACCAUCUCCUAAGCCUUCACCUCCACCACCAGCUCCAAAGCCAUCACCUCCCCCACCAGUGUUCUCCCCGCCACCAUCUCCUAGGCUUUCACCCCCACCUCCUGUUUUCUCUCCUCCACCACCUGUUCGAUCGCCGCCUCCACCUGUACAUUCCCCACCACCACCAGUUCCAUCUCCAUCUCCACCACCUCCUGAUGUUAAUCUACCACCAUUCAUGGGUUUCCAAUACUCAUCACCGCCACCACCCAUGUUCCCUGGGUAUUAAUUAGUGUUCAUUAUCAAAAAUUAAGACAUUAUUUUUCAUCAGAUUCUUACAUUGCAAUUAAUCUUUUCUUGUACUUGUUAAAGAGGAAAAAAUGUUUAUAACCUUGUACGGAGUAUUAUUAAUGUUUAAAUCUUGUAUUUCCGGUUAACCUUUUUAACAACAAUUGAGUAUUGAC